UGAAAACGGUCAUCGCCUUAAAGUUUACCUGCAGUAAAGUUUUUGUUUGAUUUGGUGCUAUUUAGCGUACCUGGGUAAUAGAAGAGACGGUUUAGAAGAACUACGUAGAGACUACGGCGGAGAUCUCGUCACCGCAUCCGUCGACAUCGCCAACGGCUUCCUACUCAAAGACAUCUGCAUCUGCUUUGACACCAGCACCGACGCCAACUUCCUCCACCUACUCCUCCCCAAGUUCAUGCACCACGACAUCGCCGUCGAACUCUUCAACGUGACCAACGUCGAAAUCCAAGACAAGUACUUCGACUACCUCGACUACAAAGUCAAAAACCAUCUAGGUGUGCGCACUAUUUUCUUCUGCAGACAUCGAUUCUACGAGCACGUUCUACUAGAAGUGUAUGAGCGCGACUACAUACGAAGAAACGUCGUGUACAUCUUCAACUGGGGGCGCGAACCCUUCAGCGAGUACUUUAUAACCAACAUCCACUACGUGAUGAAGGUUUACGCCAUUACCAACCCCAGAAACGACACGUUUCGCAUUUUUUACAACCAGGCUCUACCACCACACGAGAACCACCAUUUCAAGAUGGUGAACUGGUGGCGGGACGGCGUGGGGCUUUUCAACCACCCUACGCUACCCUCGACGUAUAACAACGCCUUUAAAGAUUUCAAGGGAUACGUGUUCAAAGUACCCGUCAUUAACAAACCCCCAUGGCACAUCGUAGACUACAAGAACGACACCCUCGAAGUGAAGGGAGGCCGCGACGACCGAAUCCUCUCCCUUCUGUCAAACAAACUGAAUUUUAGGUACGACUAUUUUGACCCUCCUGAGCGGAUUCAAGGUUCUUCGGCUUCAGAAAAUGGUACCUUUAAGGGAGUUCUAGGCUUGGUCUGGAAACGGCAAGCAGAUUUCUUCAUUGGGGAUGUAGCCCUAAGCAACGAACGUGCUAACUACUUGGAAUUUUCAUUUAUAACUCUAGCAGACAGUGGUGCUUUUAUUACUCAUGCACCAAGUAAGCUGAACGAAGCUUUAGCCCUUUUGAGACCCUUCCAGUGGCAAGUGUGGCCUGCUAUAGGUGUGACUUUUGUGGUUGUAGGGCCUGUGCUUUAUGCCAUUAUAGCACUACCCAAUGCCUGGAGACCUAGGUUUAGGGUGAGGUCGCAUGCUAGGCUUUUCUUUGAUUGUACUUGGUUUACGACUACAGUCCUCUUAAGACAAACCGGUAAAGAACCAAGUUCCAGUCACAAAGCUCGAUUUUUCAUCAUAAUUCUAUCUAUUUCGGCAACUUAUGUCAUAAAUGAUAUGUACUCGGCGAAUUUGACGUCGCUUCUGGCUAAACCCGGAAGAGAAAAACCAAUCAAUAAUUUACAACAAUUAGAGCAGGCGAUGCGUACUCGAGGCUACGAUUUGUAUGUGGAAAGGCACAGUUCUUCUUAUAGUUUGUUUGAGAAUGGAACCGGAAUUUACAAGAAACUCUGGGAAAUGAUGAGAGAACGCCAAACUGAUUUUCUUUUACAAUCAGUAGAAGAAGGUGUAUUGUUGGUGAGAGAUCACACCAAUAAAGCAUUGAUCGCAGGACGAGAAACCCUUUUUUACGACAUACAAAAAUUUGGUCCUAGUUAUUUUCACCUCAGUGCGAAGUUAAAUACGGCUUAUUCGGCCAUAGCUUUCCAAUUAGGAUGUCCUUACAUAGAAGAAAUCAAUAAAAUAUUAAUGGCAAUAUUUGAAGCCGGAAUUAUCACAAAAAUGACAGAAAAUGAGUACGAAAAACUGGAGAAACAGAAGAAAAUAACUCCAGAAACUGAGGAAGACUUAAUACCGGCAAACGAAAAAGAGAAUCGGAUAGCUGCUAAAGUCAGCGAAGAUAACGAAAAGCUCCAACCAAUUAGCUUGAAGAUGUUACAAGGGACGUUUUAUUUGUUGUCUAUUGGUAACAUAUUUUCCGGUCUUAUUUUAAUGGCGGAAAUAUUAGUUUACAAACAUAAGAAAAAAUAUGGAAUUAGGAGAAGACGCAACAGAAUACUGAUUUGUUUUAGCAAAGUUAAGAACUGUGUUGUCUUGAAAAUUGUAACUGUUGUUAAUGCUGUUAGAAGAGUAUACAGAAGAGCGAUGCACGAGGCAUUUGUAGCUACUUUAGAGUACCUAGAGUAAUAAGAUUAGCUUUGUAAAUUAGUACCUAAACACGAGGCAUAUUUAUUGUGUCCCCCAAGCUGGUAUCGAAUCUACGCCACUGUAUUUCUGCUCUAUCUCAGUUCCACCAACUGUACUUAUUAAUCCACCUAA